UUUUUCUCUCUCUCUGUGAUCCCAUUUUUUUGAUUCACAGAAGAAGAAGAAGAGGAAGAAGAAAGAUAACCAGAACGGAAGAAACUAUAGGUUCUGCCACGAUUAAAGCAGUGUUUUCGAUUCUAUAGAUCUGUGCCAAAUUGGCUCUUACAAAGGAGGUACGAAUCUUAGGACCUAACUGACGUUAAGCUUUCGAGCAAUGGCGUGCAUUAAGGGCGUCAACAGAUCGGCGUCCCUCGCCUUCUCCCCUGACUCACCUUACCUUGCGGCUGGAACCAUGGCCGGGGCUGUAGAUCUGUCCUUUAGUUCUUCUGCCAUUCUUGAAAUCUUCAAGCUUGAUUUCCAGUCGGAUGAUAAGGAGCUACCUGUUGUUGGUGAGUACCCUAGCAGUGAACGCUUCCAUCGGCUUUCUUGGAGUAAGACUGGAUCCGGAAGUCAAGAAUUGCCUCUUGGUAUCAUUGCUGGAGGCCUUGCAGAUGGUGGUAUUGAUAUUUGGAAUCCACAGACUCUAAUCAGUUCAGAGGAAAUCGAAGGUGCCCUCAUUGGACGUCUUAAUAAGCAUACUGGACCUGUCCGUGGUUUGGAGUUUGGUAGUAUCUCAACAAAUCUACUAGCUUCUGGGGCUGACGAAGGUGAAAUAUGCAUCUGGGAUCUAGCUAAUCCAGUAGAACCCACUCACUACCCACCUCUCAAGAAUGUUGGAUCUGGUGCGCAAGGUGAAGUUUCUUACUUAUCAUGGAAUCACAAGGUUCAGCCUAUAUUAGCAUCCACUUCAUAUAAUGGAAUGACAGCGGUUUGGGAUUUACGGCGGCAGAAGCCAGUGAUAAAUUUGUCAGAUUCAAAUAGAAGGCGAGCUUCUGUGUUACAGUGGAAUCCUGAUGUUGCAACCCAGCUUAUUGUUGCAUCUGAUGACGAUAGUUUACCUUCUUUAAGACUUUGGGACAUGCGGAACUCAAUGUCACCUUUGAAAGAGUUUGUGGGCCACACUCGAGGUGUAAUUGCAAUGUCUUGGUGUCCUAGUGACAGUGCCUAUUUGCUUACUUGUGCCAAAGAUAAUCGAAAUGUUUGCUGGGACACGUCUACGGGAGAGAUUGUCUGUGAGUUGCCAGCUGGCACCAACUGGAAUUUUGAUAUUCACUGGUACCCAAAGAUACCAGGAGUCAUAUCAGCUUCAUCAUUCGAUGGAAAAAUUGGCAUCUACAACAUUGAGGCUUGCAGCAAAUAUGCUGCUGGAGAGGGUGUGUUUGGCACAGCACCCUUGAGAGCUCCAAAGUGGUUGACACGUCCAGUGGGAGCUUCUUUUGGUUUUGGUGGCAAGCUUGUUUCAUUCAACCCUAAUUUAUCACCUGCCGGUGCUCCAACUGGAAAUUCUUUGGUUUAUGUGCAUAGCUUGGUUACUGAACUCAGUUUAGUGAGCCGCUCGACUGAAUUUGAAGCUGCAAUUCAAAAUGGGGAAAAAUCUUCCUUGCGGCUUUUAUGUGAAAAAAGAUCUCUGGAGUCUGAAUCUGUGGAUGAUAAAGAAACAUGGGGCUUCUUGAAGGUUAUGUUUGAAGAUGAGGGGACCGCAAGGACAAAGCUACUCAACCACCUAGGAUUCAAUGUAUUCACCGAGGAAAAUGAUAGUGCACAAGAGGAGCUUUCCCAGGAUAUAAAUACGCUCAGUCUUAAUGAAGGAACAAAUAAAUUUGCUGGAGAUAAAGAACUCAGUUUCUUACCCACUGAUAAUGGGGAAGAUUUUUUUAACAAUCUUCAAAGCCCUACAGCAGAUUCAUCUCUUUCACCUCCAGCUAGUCACUUCGAGGGUGAUGGUGGUGCUGUGAGUAAUGUUGAGCAAUCCCUACAAGAAUUGGAUGGAACCAGAGAGGGGGCUGAUUCCUCAUUUGAGGAUAGCAUUCAACGUGCUUUGGUUGUUGGAGACUAUAAGGGAGCUGUUGCACUGUGCGUAUCUGCAAAUAGAAUGGCUGAUGCUUUAGUUAUCGCUCAUGUGGGUGGUGCUGCUUUGUGGGAAAGCACACGUGAUCAAUACCUGAAAAAGAGUCACUCAUCUUACAUGAAGGUUGUGUCUGCAAUGGUGAGCAAUGAUCUAAAGAGCCUUGUGAACACCAGGCCAUUGACUACAUGGAAGGAAACACUUGCUCUUCUUUGCACUUUUGCACAGGGAGAGGAUUGGACUCUGCUCUGUGAUACUCUUGCUUCAAGACUUAUGCUUUCAGGAAACACAUUAGCUGCAACUCUCUGCUAUAUCUGUGCUGGAAAUAUUGACAAAACAGUUGAAAUUUGGUCACGGAAUUUGAAGGCUGAGCAUGAAGGGAGACCCUAUGUUGACCUUCUCCAGGAUUUAAUGGAAAAGACUAUUAUCCUUGCUUUGGCGACUGGACAGAAGCGAUUUAGUGCAUCUUUGUCCAAGCUUGUGGAGAACUAUGCUGAGCUACUAGCAAGUCAAGGGCUUCUACUAACAGCAAUGGAAUAUUUAAAACUUUUAGGGUCUGCAGAUUCAUCUCAUGAGCUUGCUAUCCUACGGGAUCGUAUAACUCUCUCUGCGGAAGAGAGAGAAAUCCCCAAAAGUCUGCCUUUUGACAAUUCUCAAUUGCAAUCUGAACCUCUAUAUUCCACUGAUCAAUCUGGUUUUGGUGCAGUUGAUGGAUCUCAACAUUAUUACCAGGAAAAACCUCAGUCACAACUGCAGCAAGGCAUUCCUGGUAGUCCUUGUGGUGAAAAUUAUCAACAGCCUUUUGGCACUUCAUAUGGGGGAGGAUAUGUGACUCCUGCCCCUUAUCAACCUUCACCAUCCCCCCAUUUCUUUCUCCCAUCACAAGCACCUCAGUCUCCACAGGCAAACUAUGCUCCGUCUCCUGUGACUACUCAGACUGCAGCGAGGCCAUUCGUUCCUGCAACUCCUCCGGUGCUGAGAAAUGAGCAAUAUCAGCAACCUACAUUGGGUUCUCAGCUAUAUCCUGGUGUUAAUAACCCCACAUAUCAACCUGGGAUACCUGGAACGCUUCAGGGUGUUAAUAACCCCACCUAUCAACCUGGGGUACCUGGAACUGGUUCUCUUGGUUCUAUUCCAUCUCAAGUGGGCCCUGUUCCUGGCCAGAAAAUGCCUCCUCAAUUUAUGACACCUACGGUCCCACCAAGUGGUUUUAUGCCAGUGAAUAACUCAGGAUUUGCUUCAAGGCCUGGAAUGGCUCCAAUGCAACCACCUGGUGCUGCUCAGCUAGCUCAGGUGCAACCAGCCACCACACCGGCAGUACCACCUCCUACAGUGCAGACGGUUGAUACUUCAAAUGUACCUGCCCAGCAGAGACCGGUUAUCACAACAUUGUCAAGACUUUUCAAUGAGACAUCAGAAGCCCUUGGUGGUUCCCGUGCAAAUCCAGCUAAAAAACGUGAAAUAGAGGUUAAUUCAAGGAAAAUUGGUACCUUGUUUGCAAAACUUAAUACUGGAGAUAUUUCUAAAAAUGCCACUGAUAAGCUUAUCCAGCUUUGCCAGGCUUUGGAUAAUGGUGAUUUUGGUACUGCCCUGCAAAUCCAGGUGCUUCUUACGACGAGUGAGUGGGAUGAGUGCAACUUCUGGCUUGCAACUCUAAAGCGAAUGAUCAAGACAAGGCAGAAUGUGAGAUCAAGUUAGAAGGUAGAAAUUCCUCCGAAAAGAGCAUGUCUCUGUUCUGCAAUUUUUUUCCAGUCCAGGAUUGUAGUUUUACAGCACUCAUCCCUCGUUUUCAUGUACACAAGAUCCCACUUUCUAAAUAGCAAUUGCAGGUUUUUGGUUUUGCCAUCUAGUUUUGUUUCUUUAGUGUUCCAUCCCCUAGUCCAUCCAAUAACUUGAGUCACCCAUUUCCCUCCUCCAAAAGCAGAUAAAGAGAGGAUGUGUUUUCUGGGGGCAUUAGGGAGACUAGUUUGCUGAUUGUUGUUACCUAAUAUUUAUAGUGUUGAUAAUAUAGAUUACAUUUUUUUUGUAUUUUAAUAUAAAAUGUAGCAUUUAUUCUUC